AUGGAAGGUUUUGGGGCGGCAAGGGGAAUUAAGACGUGGGUUGGGGGCCGCGAGGUGGAGGGUAAGAGGACCGUGGCGGUGGGUCUGUCCGGCGGCGUUGACUCCACCGUGGCCGCCUGGAUGCUCAAGCAGCAAGGGCAUGAUGUGGUCGGGGUGUUCAUGCGCAACUGGGACGAGGCUGAGGAGAGGGGUGACUCAGCGUGCUCAGCGGAUGCUGACUGGACCGAUGCGCAGCGUGUGGCGGCCCACCUGGGCAUCCCGAUCCACCAUGCAGACUUUGUGCGCCAGUACUGGACGCAGGUCUUCUCAGAGUUUGUCGCCCAGUGCAGCCAAGGACUCACGCCAAACCCAGACCUGGCGUGCAAUCGCCACAUAAAAUUCGGCGCCCUGCUGGACUUCUGCCGCGGCCUGGGCGCUGACUGUGUCGCCACAGGGCACUAUGCGCGCAUCAGCAGGUGUGAGCAAACGGGGCGGCCGCAGUUGCUGCGAGGAAGGGACGCCUCUAAAGACCAGUCCUACUUCCUGGCAUCCGUGGAGGGCACCGCUCUGUCAGAUGUGCUGUUUCCGCUCGGGGCCAUGCGCAAGGCGGAGGUACGCCGCGUGGCUGAGGCGGCCGGGCUGCCCAGCGCUGCCCGCAAGAGCAGCGCGGGCAUCUGCUUCAUCGGGCGGCGUCAGUUUGGGGACUUUAUCGGCGAGUUUGCGCAGCCGGUUCCGGGGACAUUCGUGGACGUGGAGAGCGGGGAAGCUGUGGGAAACUGCGCCAACCUAGCAGCCAUGACCCAUGGGCAGGGCGCCGGCAUCAGCGGGCUGCCCGAACGGGUGUAUGUGGUGGGGAAGGACAUGAGGGAACGCCGGGCGUACGUGGCGCGCGGCGGGGACCAUCCGGCGCUGUUCUGCUCCACAGCUGCGCUGCGGUUCCCCCAUUGGAUUGGGGGGGACCCCCCACCGGAGCUGGCUGCCGGGACCCCCCUGCGCUGCCAUUACAAGGCCAGGUACCGUCAGGUGCUGCGCGAGUGCACAUUCACUUGGUGCUUGUGUCUUGCAGGACUUUUGGUGAGAUUCAGGCAGCCGGCGCGCGCGAUAACACCGCAGCAGGCAUUUGUCAUGUACCAGGGAGAUGUCUGUCUGGGCAGCGCCCCUGUUUUACACCCCGGCCAGAGCCUCUUCGAGCGUGGCAUUCCCCUGGACAAAACCCUCUUAGAAACUGCAGACACCAUUGAUGAGGCGCAGGCGGCUUGA